GAAUACAACGGAGUGAAUGUGAUGAUUGUGAAACCAGGAUGUCAUCAAAUGAUGAUGUUGCAUCCUAGCUCAUAGUACAUAUACACAUGCAUGUAUACAUACAUAAACGUGCAGAUCCUCAUUUAUAUAUAAUAUAAGAAAGGCUACGGAUCAGAAAGAGCUACGUGUCUAAGCUUGAGAACAUCAAGUUCAUCAUCAGAUUUUUGAGUUGCAAGCAUGGUAGAUGAACAAGAGAGAUUGCUGCCAAUUGCCAACGUGGGCAGGAUUAUGAAACAAAUCCUGCCACCAAAUGCCAAGGUUUCAAAAGAGGCUAAACAAACACUGCAAGAAUGUGCAACAGAGUUUAUAAGCUUUGUCACUGGCGAGGCAUCUGACAAGUGUCGCAAAGAGAAUCGUAAGACUGUCAAUGGAGAUGACAUCUGUUGGGCUUUGGGUGCUCUAGGGUUUGACAACUAUGCUGAUGCUAUAGUAAGGUAUUUACAUAAAUAUAGGGAGAUUGAAAGAGACAAAGCUACCCAAAACAAAGCUACCUGCAUAAGCUCUCAAGACAAAGAUGAAGAAUCAUCAGAAGAUAGAAGUAACCAACCACCUCAUCAACAGGCUGAAGCUCCAAGCACAAGAGUUUAGAGUUGAGAAUUGAGACAAAAGGCCUGAACAAACAUAUAUAGUAUGUAUGCGUGUGUGUGUGUGUGUGUAUGGUGAAUUAAUGGUGGGAUAUGAAUGAGCAAGAUCAAGGACGACAGGUUGUAAUCAAUUGAUUUCGAUCUUCUCUAGCUUUUUUUUUACUACACUAUAAGGUUAAUUUGUAGCUUAAUUUCCUUGAUUUAUGCUCCUUUACAUACUCUUUCCUUCUCUCUUCUCUCUCUGGUUCCCUACAUUUUGCGGCAAAGGGAAACUUCUGUGUAAGUUAAUUAUGAAAUGAAUGAUCCGUAUUUUGCUUGUUUCUUUUUA